GGGACAUCCCUGGCUCUGGGUGAGAAAGCUGACAGUCCUCAGUCCUGCAGGUGCUGCCCGUCAUUCCUUCCUCCCGAGGACUCUCUGCCUCAUGGCUCUGGCAAAGGUGCCUGGGACCUGCUUGCUCAGCAUUCAUGUCCUGCAGGCCCGUGGCCUGCCCUCCAAGGACCUAGUGACCCCCUCUGACUGCUACGUGACUCUGUGGCUGCCCUCGGCCUCCAGCCCCCAGCUCCAGACGCGCGUGGUCAAGAACAGCAGAAACCCCAUCUGGAAUCAGAGCUUUCACUUCCGAAUCCACAGCCAGCUCAAGAACAUCGUGCAAUUCAAAGUCUUUGACCAGGACCUUCUGACCAAGGAUGACCCUCUGUUGUCGGUGCUGUUUGACGUGGGGACUUUGCAGGCUGGGGAGCCCUGGCGUGAGAGCUUCUCACUGAGCCCUCAGGGCAAGGAGCAGCUGGAAGUUGAAUUUCGGCUGCAGAAUCUGACCGACUGUGCUGAGCGCCUCGUCAGUAAUGGCAUCCUGGUGGCCCGGGAGCUCUCCUGCUUGCAUGUUCGACUGGAGAAGGCCGGGGGCCAGCAGGGGUCGGAGGGCAGAGUUCAGCUUGUGGUUCCCGGGUCCUGUGAGGGUCCGCAGGAGGCCUCCGUGGGCGCUGGCUCCUUCCGCUUCCAUUGGCCGGCCUGCUGGGAGCAGGAGCUGAGUGUUCACCUGCAGGAUGCGCCCCAAGAGCAGCUGCAGGUGCCUCUGAGGGCACUGCCCUCUGACCAAGUGGUGAGACUUGUCUUCCCUACAUCCCAGGAGCCCCUGAUGAAGGUGGAGCUGAAAAAAGAAGGACUGAGAGAGCUGGCGGUGCGGCUGGACUGCGGGCCCUGUGCCGAGGAGCGGGCCUUCUUGAGCAGGAGGAAGCAGGUGGUGGCCAAGGCCCUGAAGCGGGCCCUGCAGCUGGAUGGAGACCUGCAGGAGGAUGAGAUCCCAGUGGUAGCUGUUAUGGCCACGGGUGGUGGGAUCCGGGCCAUGACUUCCCUGUAUGGGCAGCUGGCUGGCCUGAAGGAGCUGGGCCUCUUGGAUUGCAUCUCCUGCAUCACAGGGGCCUCGGGCUCCACCUGGGCUUUGGCCAACCUCUAUGAGGACCCAGAGUGGUCUCAGAAGGACCUGGCAGGGCCCAUCCAGUCACUGAAGACACAGGUGACCAAGAGCAAGCUGGGCGUGCUGGCCCCCAGCCAGCUGUGGCGGUACCGGCAGGAGCUGGCUGAGCGUGCAUGCCUGGGCCACCCGACCUGCUUCACCACCCUGUGGGGCCUCAUCAACGAGGCGCUGUUGCAUGACGAGCCUCACGACCACAAACUCUCAGACCAGCGGGAGGCCCUGAGCCGUGGCCAGAACCCUCUGCCCAUCUACUGUGCUCUCAAUACCAAAGAACGGAACCUGACUACCUUUGAAUUUGGGGAGUGGUGUGAGUUCUCCCCCUAUGAGGUCGGCUUUCCCAAGUACGGCGCCUUCAUCCCCUCUGAGCUCUUCGGCUCCGAGUUCUUCAUGGGGCGCCUGACAAAGCGGCUUCCUGAGUCCCGCAUCUGCUUCCUGGAAGGCAUCUGGAGCAACCUGUACGCAGCGAGCCUCCAGGACAGCUUGUAUUGGUCCUCCGAGCCCAGCCAGUUCUGGGACCACUGGGCACAGGCCCAGGCCAGCCUGGACAAGGAGCAGGUCCCCCUUCUGAAUAUAGAAGAGCCUCCCACAGUGGCCAGCAGAAUAGCUGAGUUCUUCACUGACCUUCUGACAUGGCGUCCACUUGCCGAGGCCACCCACAAUUUCCUCCGUGGCCUCUCUUUCCACAAGGACUAUUUCCAGCAUCCUCACUUCUCUGCCUGGAAAGCCACCAAACUGGAUGGCCUCCCCAACCAGCUGACACCUGCAGAACCCUUCCUUUGCCUGUUGGAUGUUGGCUACCUUGUCAACACCAGCUGCCCACCCCUCCUGCGGCCCACACGGGACGUGGACCUCAUCCUGUCGCUGGAUUACAACCUCCAUGGAGCCUUUCAGCAGCUGCAGCUCCUGGAUCGGUUCUGCCAGGAGCAGGGCAUCCCAUUCCCGUCCAUCUCACCCAGCCCCGAGGAGCAGCGCCAGCCCCGGGAGUGCCACCUCUUCUCAGACCCUGCCCGCCCUGACGCCCCUGCCGUGCUGCACUUCCCGCUGGUCAAUGCCUCCUUCCGGGAGUACUCAGCCCCAGGGGUCCGGCGGACGGCCGAGGCGCAGGAGGCCGGGGAGGUGAACCUGUCUUCAUCCGACUCCCCCUACCACUACUUGAAGGUGACUUACAGCCGGGAGGACGUGGACAAGCUGCUCCACCUGACGCACUACAACAUCUGCAACAACCAGGAGCAGCUGCUGGAGGCCCUGCGUGAGGCUGUGCGGCGGCGCAAGCAGCGCCGGGCCGAGUGA